CAAUCAUCAAUGCAAAUGGCAGAGGUCAAGCUUGGAAAGCGAAGUAAGAAAAGAAGGGAGCUAACUAAUGAACAGAAAGAAGAACUGCGAGAAGCAUUUGAUUUAUUUGACUCAGAUAAGGAUGGUGUUAUUGACUAUCAUGAACUCAAGGUUGCUAUGAAAGCGCUUGGGUUCGACGUCAAGAAAGCAGAGGUUCUCAAGUUGCUAAAAGACUACGAUAGAGACGGCUCGGGUAACAUGUACUGGGACGACUUUUACGAUAUCUUGAAAGAUAAGAUGCUGGAGAGAAACCCUGAGGAUGAAGUACAAAAAGCGUUCACCUUAUUUGACGACGACGGAACUGGUUCUAUAAACCUGAGAAACCUGCGGCGCGUAGCUCGCGAGCUGGGUGAGAAUAUGAGUGAUGAGGAACUUAGAGCAAUGAUAGACGAGUUUGACACUAGCGGGACUGGGGAGAUUGAUCUCAACAGAUUCAUGUCGAUAAUGCUAGGAGACUCGUAGAAACCAUCAUCCAGACUAGUUACCAAAGUUACACGGGAGAGACGACAACCACUCAACAGCCACUAAUUAGCGGAUACUUUACCGAAUAAAUAGAUAUCGUCAGAAUCCACCUCGACUUUAUCAAGAGUGGUCGGAUGUUUUAUAUUCUAAUCAGGCUGGAUGAUUCAAUGAAUAUGAACAAAGAUUUACAAUCAUGUUACCAUAUUAGCAUAUUUGCCGGUGGACGAUAAAUAUUUAUUGGACCGCUUAGUGUUUUAUUUUGAUAUUAAGGAGCGCUUUAACUUUAACUGCGGUCACAAUUUAUGCCUUACUCUGCAGUUUAAAGAGUUUAAGUAAUAAGAUUGCUUUUGUUAAAUUUUGACAUAAAAAAUGAAUAUAAAGUGACACUUAUCUCAUCGAUUAUUUUAAUUCAAUUCUAAC